AUGACCCACGUCUUAGAGCUGCCGUCUACUUUCGGGCUUUCUCGGGACAGCCGGAACGAUGACCGUAGCAAGGUGAAGCACAAGCUGCCGAAAUGGCUGCUUCUGUACGUGGUCACACCAGAGGCUGACGGCCACGAUGCAGAAGUGCGUUUGGCUUGCAGGGCCACACGGGUCGUGGAGCACGUUGGCGCAAUGAAGCCAACGGAUGCCCACGAAUGCCAGAUUUGGUUCAACAACAGAGUGAAACAGAGAAAACGAAAGGGUGAGGUUUCGGAAACACAAAGCAUGUCUUUUUGUGCCUGGAAGCUUGACAAAGUCUUCAGGUUCCAGGAGCCUGUGUGUGUAGAGCGAUCACAAAUUGCUGGGAGACAACUGCAAAAAGUCAGCAACGUCAGUGCGGAUAUUUGGCAACUGUGCUGGGCUUCGAAGGGCUGCCAACUGAUGCCAUCUCUUCCCGAAGAGAAACGGUUUUCAGACUUGACUCCGGCGAAAGGGUGGCUUGUGCAAGUUCCAGGGCCUAUGGCGUUGCUUGGCUGUGAGACCAUGCCCUCCGAGCCAGUCUUGUGGACCCCAGCAUCUGUGGCAGCCAGCCUGCAUGUCACUGUUGAAAAGGAGUCACCUUCUCUUGUUGAGGCAGCAGAAGCUGAGGCCGAAGCUGGAGCAGCUCUAGCAGGGCGGGUCGCGGGCAUGAGUCUGCAACCGAUACAGGAGAUCCACAGCAUCCGAUUGACUUUUGCACUUCAGAAUAGCUCAGAUCUUCCAGUAGUUGUGAACUCAGUGACUCGGUUUUUAGGCCCCUUCAUAGGGGACCCGGAUCCGACAAAGCUAGCAGCAGCGAUGGCGUCUAUUCCCGGGCGUUACAAGCUUCGCUCCGGGAUGCUUAAACUAGAUAUGCUGCACAUGCUCUACAGGCGAAGCGUCAUGCAACAAGGCCUCGCUCAGCAGAAGCGCAUAGCCCGCUACCUCAGCAUGGAUGCUUCUCCUCAAGGCGGGUAUGAUUACCUGUGUAUGACGGAGGAAGUAAUGCAACGUAAUCAACCCAUCGUCAUCCCCGACUGUCCAUUCAGCGGCUUCAGCUACACACAGAGAACAAUGCCCAUCAUGACAUUAGCGAGGGGAGAGACUAGGACAUUCGUCAAGGCCCAGAGGCUGAAGCAUGCAAUUUGCUUGGAGAGUUCCUUGAAGCAUCUGGAUUUGUACAGGUCACAAGUGAAGGGGUGGGUGAGUGACCAAGGAACAGAGAAAGCUGUGCCUCAGACUUUUCUCGGUGAUACUGCCCGUUUGCAAGAGAUGACUUCCAGCUUGCAGGAGGGUAGCAGCACCUUGGAGGCGAUGCUGGCAACCAGCAAGCAAUCGUUUCUCUGGAACAGUUUACGGCACCCCGGGUAUCUGCACAUCAUGUUCAAUGCCCUGGAAGAAACUUGCAAAGGCUGCCCUCGAUGGGAGGUUUUCGAAAAACAGCUGAGCAGUGUUUCGAAACUGCUGACGAAUCGCUCCUAUCGCGAGAUAGUCUUGUAUCGCAUGAUGUCUGAGGCUACUCAGCAGGAGAAGCAGACAGUGCAAGGCUACCACGGCCAACUCCUAUCAUGGAGAUGGGAGAGCUUGCAUCUUACAUUGCGGCAUUAUGUGCACGUGCGACCGGUUCUGCAGAAGUACCUGAACCCCGACAUGCUUUCUUCGGAGACCGGUUUCGGUGACCAACUGAGUGCUCUUUUGUCGGAUCCAUGGCACCAGGGCUACGUAGAGUGGGCAUUGAUGUUUUCCGGGUUUGUGCAGAUAUGGGCCCAUUGGCUUGAAGGUUGUUUCUGCCACGAGGAACAGCUCCAGCAAGCCAAGACUCGCAAGGCCCGGGACAAACUGAAGUGUCCAUGGAAGGGUCGGCGUACUUCCGUGCUCAUUGCUGGGUGCAAGGAUCGGAUGUUGCAAGCUUUGCAAAGUCACGGAAGUGUUCGCUUCACAGAGGCCAUGCUCGAUUUGCCGCAGGAGGUUUCAGCCGCCAUGGUUCUGAUGGACGGCCAAGCUCGAGACAAGUGGUCAGCUGUGCUGUCGCAGAAGAUGUCCUACCUUGAUCAUGUGCCGCACAAGUUGGCCGGUGCUUUCGCUCACCUCGCCGAUCCUGGUCGCUAUUCUUUGUCGGGAAGCAAGCGCAUUGUGCAGGAAUGCUUUGCAGAGUAUGCGACGUUGAAGUCCCAAGGGCGAACAACUGCUCUCCUUGCAGGGCUUUUUGAGCGAAGUGCCAUGGGCGAGACGGCGGACCAGCUGUGGGCAUAUGCCAACAGCCCAGACACCAAAGAGCUGAGAGACUUCCCCUUGGCUUGGGUGGAGGUUCAGGAGAGGGCCUUUUGCACGAAUGUGGAGCGGAUGACGGAACGGCAACACGUCUUGGUUAAGAUAGCAGGCCAUAGGACUUUGAGGUUCGCAGGCCCUGCCAUGACCUGUGUGCGUGCCCGGCGAGAUCAGCUGCAGCAAAUGAUCGACGACACCCAAAUGUGUGCUUUCUUGAUUUCGAACUGGCGACGUCGUACCAUUUUCAGAGAACUGCUUGAACACGUGAUGAGUGCCCAGGAUUGCAAUAAAUCUAGCUUUGCUCAUCGUGUGAGCCGUGUUUACGGCUACAACGAGGCAGACCACUUCCUGGAUGAAAUGGAAGAGGAGGAGAACUCUGGGUUGGCCCUGGGGAAUGCCGUGGCGGUGGCAUUGAGAGAUGUGGGUCCUGUGAGACCUGACUUGAAGAAGCAACAGUGGAUGAUGGUGGAUUUCAUCAAGAGCCAGCUGCCCACUGGCACCGUUUUCAGUGUUCCUGAGUUCCUGUUGGGGAGUCUGCUCGGCGAACCGCUGCCGGAGUCUCAGGAACAACACGGUCCUCUGGACUUGGAGGGCUUUGCUGAUUCAUUGUUGCCAGGGGACAUUCCAGAGCUUGUUGCUAGAGAACAUGUCUUUUGCUCUGUGCUGGAUGCUUGGCCAGAGCGACGGACCGAGGUGCAGACUCUGACAGCUAUUGGUAACGACCGCAAGGGGCACAUGCACAUCGUUCAUUUUUUGAAUGUGAAUCUUAGCAAUGCUUCACAGCCUGUGGUGUCCUAUAAAAAUGUGCAACAUCGAACCCUGGAUUUCAGUCAUGUUGCGACACUGCCCUUUCUGAAGCUCUUCUCGUCAUUGUGCCACGUUUGGGGUCCUCGCUGCAAGUCCUUUAAGGUGGAGGUGCUGCCACUGAGGGACCAGGCAGCAAGGACGUCGUCUGAACCGCCUCUGGCCUUGCCGCACUUCACGACCGACGACGACCUGCUGGCCGAUCUAGCCGGGCAAGCAAUCGAAGACCAGGAGUUGCAUCUCCGUGAGCCAGGCAAUGGCCCAGACGUGGGAGCUGGGCUGUCCAGUGCCCAGGAGGAGAGCAUGCUGAACCAGUUGUUGAAACACAGGGCUGUAGGGGAUAAGUUCGUCGAGUCUUCUGCCUUGAAAGAGUACCACGGCCGAGCUGUUCAGAGCUUGGUUGAGAAGGGAGUAGUGCAGGUUCGGUGGGAUGAUUUCGGCGAGUCAUCUCUGGCUAUGAGUAGCGAUAUGAACUUGUCCACGUUGCUGCUCUUGACAGAGCCUGAAGUUUUCGCUGUUCACAAGCAAGAGCUGAGCAACCCUGCAGGCCGUAACAAGGUCGGAUGGUUGAGAGGACUCCUGGUCAAAUCUUGGAAGCCUGCCCCCAAAGACAAAGAUCCUGAGUGGAGAGUCAAGGGCAGCCGGAAGCUGCUGCCUGCCAACCUUCUGGAUUCCUGUGAGCCUCACCUUGUUUGUUUGGCAAUGGAAGACAGCAUUUGGCAGAAGCCUGGGGAUCUGCGAAGGAUCUGUCAUGGCGGCAGUGCUGACUACUACCAGAUGCUACUAAAAGCACUGGACUUGACAGGUGUCCAGGAAUGGACAGUGCAGCAGUGCCGUGAGUUUCGGGACAAGAAACGAAAGGCAACACGUACUGCUCCACGUCAUACUGGCAGCAGGGCGACAGCAAGCACCCAAGAGCCAUUGCGACUCGCUCUGGAGCUUCCCGUUGAGCCUCGUGUGAACUGCCGGGUGGCGGGGCUCGAAGACCUCGUCAUUUAUUUUGACAAUUUCACACACCAGAGCGGCAACCGUCGUGCUUUCUGCCAGUGUUUGCAGCAUGCCGAUUGCAGACGAUACACCUUUGUGAAAAAUCACAGAGACAAGGAUGAGGCAGCUGCGUGGCUCUUAGCAUGGGCUUCCUCUGCGCCCCGUUUCGAGACUGCAGAAGAGCACGUGAAACACAACCCCAGUGACAGUGCUGUGCAAUCCAUGGAGGAAAGGUUCGCCUUCGGCAGAUUCUCAGAGCCGGUCGUUUUGCAAGAGAAAGAGAGGAGUGACUGCCCACAGCCCUACAGUUUAGGUUUUGACCCGAGUUUGACAACAGCAUAUCUUGUCUGA